AUGUCUGGGUUCCCGUCGUCGUUCGGUCAAUCCAAUUCCGGUGGAGGAUUCUCGUUCGCAUCUUCCUCCGCCACCGGAUCCUCUACAACUUCAUCCACCACAUCCCCUCUAGCUUUCUCCUUCAACCAGUCCUCAAACCCUAGCUCCGCCGGUGCUCCCGGAUUUGGCUUCGGUUCCACCGCAUCAGCUCCAGCUUCCUCCACUGGUGCUCCCGGAUUUGGCUUCGGUUCCACCGCAUCGGCUCCAGCUUCCUCCACUGGUGCUCCCGGAUUUGGCUUCGGUUCCACCGCAUCGGCUCCAGCUUCCUCCACUACUCCAUCAUUCGGGUUUGGAACCCCUUCAUCCACCGGUUUCGGGUUCAGUUCCUCUGCUGCUUCCGCUCCGUCAUUCGGAUUCGGAACCGCCGCUUCUUCAUCUGGCUCUGCUCCAUCACUGUUUGGAUCAUCUACUAAUGCUUCUGCAGCCGCUCCGGCUUCCUCUUCUUUUGGAUUCGGAACCGCCGCUUCUUCAUCCGCCUCUGCUCCGUCAAUGUUUGGAUCAUCUACCAAUGCUUCUGCAGCUGCUCCCGCUUCCUCUCCUUUCGGAUUCGUAAAUUCAUCGGCCUCUCAGCCUGCUACUUCCUCUUUUGCGACUGCUUCAGCACAAACUCCCUUCGGAACCUCCUCCUCCUCCUCAGCUCCGUCUUCAUCUCUAUUCGGAGCGCCAGCCAGUGGUUCAACAUCCCUCUUUGGAUCUUCCUCAUUCGGCGCUCCUUCAUCUGCUGCCGCCUCAAAUUCCCCUCUUUUCGGGUCAUCCUCAUCCGUCGCUGCUCCAACUGCUCCUCUUUUCGGCGCAUCCUCUUCAGGCACCGCCCCAACACCUUCCAUCUUUGGCGCAUCCUCUUCAGGCACCGGCUCAACUCCGUCCAUCUUUGGCGCGUCCUCGUCAGGCACCGGCUCUACACCGUCCAUCUUUGGCGCUUCCUUAUCAGCCUCUGGAUCCUCACCGACCCCAUUUGGAGCCACCGGUUCGUCACCGUCCAUCUUCGGAUCGUCUUCGGCAGCUGGUUCAACACAGUCUCUCUUUGCGUCAUCCUCGUCAGGCGCAACAUCUUCCUCACCAUCCACGUUUGGAGUAUCCUCUACUACAACCAAUCCCACGCCUGCCUCGGCUUCUACAGGAUUCUCUUUCUUGGCGCCUACAAUCUCUCCUUCACAAACGGCUUCAUCAUCUUCCUCUUCGUCUUCUUCUUCAUUCUCAUUUGGUACACCUGGAAGCUCAGGCUUUCAACCUUCUAUGGGGUUUAAUCCUUCAACGGCAAGCACCGCCCCUGCAUCUACCACAUCACCAGCACUGUUUUCCAUUGCAACCACCACCACUACCACAACUAUUUCUUCUUCAACUCCUGCUGCCAAUAGUACACCAGCAUCUUCAGCUGCAGCUUCUACAACGACUUUCCCUUCUUUCGGCGUGGGUACAUCUGCAACCAACAGCACUCCGGCUACUUCUGCUGCUACAGGAUUUGGUUUUAAUAGCUCGACUUCUGCCGCUGGAACUACGACUAGCUCUUUCACUGGUUUUGCUGUACCGCAGACAUCAUCAACUCCUGUAUCAUCUUCACAACCACAAACUACUAGCUCUGCAUUCUCAUUCAGUCUUCCGUCUUCUACUUCGACGCUUGCUCCCUCUACCACUUCUGCUACUACUACGACACAGACAUCUCUUGUUGUGGCUGCGAGUAAUGGGACAAGCACAAGUCUUGCAGCUCCAGUGGCUGGUCCUCCUAAGUUGCCAUCUGAGAUAACUGGCAAAACUGUGGAGGAGAUUAUCAAGGAGUGGAAUACUGAGCUACAAGAGCGUACAGCGAGAUUCCGAAAACAGGCGAAUGCUAUAGCAGACUGGGAUAAGCGGAUCUUGCAGAACCGUGAUGUUCUUCUGAGGCUUGAGAUUGAAGUUGCGAAAGUGGUUGAAACACAAUCUAGCUUGGAACGACAGCUGGAACUAAUCGAGACUCAUCAGCAAGAGGUUGACAAGGCUUUGCAAAGCAUGGAGGAAGCAGCUGAGCGUAUAUAUAACGACGAGCGGAAGUCUCUUCUUGACGAUGAAGCAGCUUCAACAAGAGAUGCAAUGUAUGAACAGUCUGAGCUAGUAGAAAGAGAAUUGGAGCAUAUGACUGAACAAAUCAGAUCGAUUAUACAAUCCGUAAAUGCAAACCAGGGAGGAGAGCUUGAAGCAAUUGAUGGGAUGAGUCCAGUGGAUGUAGUUGUGAGGAUCUUGAACAACCAACUCAGUUCCUUAAUGUGGAUUGAUGAGAAAGCAGAGGAAUUCUCUUCUCGGAUUCAAAAUAUCGCAUCUCAAGGUUCUGGUGCAGACCGUGAAUUGAUGAUGGCUCCAAAGCACUGGAUGUCUUGA